CUCACAGCAAAAUUGGUUAGUUGAGCGCAAAAAUCUUCAUGUUCUAGAAGUAGCAUGUGAUCUUUUGCUCUCCUCCUGUGUCCCAUCUACGUUCUGGCCUGAUAUGGUUGCCACUGCUGUUCGUCUUAUCAACUACCAGAUAACUCCUGUCCUUGACAAUACUAUUUUGUACUUUCGCCUCUAUUCUAAAGCUCCUCGCUAUUCCCGUCUUCGAGUCUUUGGGUGUGUCUGUUUUGUUCUUCUUCCACGUUCAGAAUGCACUAAACUCACUUCUAAGACUGCUCGUUGUUGUUUUCUCGAUUAUAGUGAUAUUCACAAGGGUUACCUAUGCUAUGAUGUGUUCGGAUUGCAUGUCAUGUUGUUUUCCUUGAGAACAUGAUGUAUCACUCGUCCCUUUCGGUGUCUGAUCCUUCAUUGUUUGACUUGUAUCUUAGUCAACCCUCAUUGGAAGAUGAUGAUGAUGUGCCUCACGAUCCACCAGAUGAUCCGCUGCCCCCCCCCCCCCGACUCUUCUCCCUCUCCACCAUCAAGUUCAUCUGCCGAAGAGUCUUCUUCACAAUUUCCCUCACCUCCUGCUGUUCCUAUUCGCCGGUCUAAUCGAUCUACGCUCAGGGUUCUCCCUGUUCGCCAUCUGGAUUAUGUUACUUACAUUGUUGAUCUUGUCCCAAUUCCUACUCGUUUUUCGCAGGCACGGGGGAAUCCUCAUUGGGACGCGGCCAUGGCCACGAAAUUCGAUGCUCUUCAUGCCAAUGAGACAUGGGAUUUUUUAGCUUGUCCUCCGCCAGAGGUGCCUGUCAUUGGCUCCGUAUGGGUGUAUACCCUGAAGAUGCUCCCCGAUGGCACCAUUGAACGUUACCGGGCUAGGGUGGUGGCACAUGGCUUCUGUCAGGAAUAUGGUAUUGACUUUUAGGAGACUUUUGCACCGGUGGCUGAAAUGGUUACUGUUCGGUCUCUUCUCGUGGUGGCUUCUAUUCGUGGAUGGCCACUUUAACAGAUGGACGUAAAGAAUGCUUUUUUGCAUGGCGACCUCAAGGAAACAGUGUAUAUGGAACGUUCACCAGGUUAUCCUCAUGGUACCCCAGAUAGGUCUGUCUUCUCCGUCGUUCACUAUAUGGGUUGAAGCAAGCACCUCGUGCAUGGUUUGAUAAGUUUCACUCUACUAUCUUAUAUCUUGGUUUUCGAGCAGAGUCUUAAUGAUCCGUCUUUGUUUACUCGACGAACCUCUGCGAGACUCGUUGUGCUUCUCUUAUAUGUUGAUGACAUGAUAGUGACAAGUGAUGAUGCUCUGGGUAUUUCGGCUCUCACAAGGGCUUAAACGAAUCGUUUAGCCUGAAGGAACUCGGUCUUGUUUCUUAUUUCCUGGGGUAGGAAGUCAAGCGGUCUUCGGCUGGGAUUCUUCUUAGCCAAGAAAAGUAUAUUACUGAUCUUCUUGAGUCUUCCCAGUUUGAUUCGUGUAGCUCGGUUUCCACUCCGAUGGAGCUUAAUUUGAAACUCAGCCGAAAGUCUGGCGAUUUGUUGGCUGAUGGGGGAAAGCACUAUCGGAGUGUGGUGAGCAGUCUUAUCUACUUGACCUCUAUGAGACCAGAUAUCGCCUACGCAUUUCAGAUUGUCAGUUAGUUUAUGUCUGACCCUCGUACCGAUCACUUGGCUGCGGUUCACCGCAUAUUACGUUAUUUGAAGGGAACGGGGGAGGUUGGUCUUUUCCUUCCAUCGACGGGUUCUUUUGAGUUUCAGGCAUUCUCUGAUUCUGACUAUGCAGGUUGCAUCGAUACUAGACGCUCCACUACGGGGUGGUGUGUUCGCCCCGGUGCAUCUUUUCUUUCCUGGCGUUGUAAAAAGCAGGAUCAGGUCUCUAAGUCGUCUACUGAAGCCGAGUAGCGUGCUAUGUCUGAUGUCACAUCUGAGCUAGUCUGGCUUCGUCGACUCUUGGAGGACUUGGGUGUGGAGUUUGCUAGACCUUUUCAGCUCUAUGUUGACAACACGAGUGCUAUCCAGAUUGCUACGAAUAUAGUACUCCACGAGCGCACUAAGCACAUCGAGGUCCAUUUGCAUUAUAUACAUGACUUGGUCAGAGAUGGCAUUCUUCGGCUGUUCUAUGUUACCUCGAAGGAUCAGAUAGCCGAUCUAUUAACCAAGUUGUUCACUGCUGCGCGACACUUCUAUCUUUCUCGCAAAUUGAUGAUGAGAGAUCCUUAACAAUUUGGGGAGGCCGUUGAUGUAUAUGUGGGCUCGGCCCAAUCCCCCUUAACGUAUGUACUGGGUUUGGCGGGUUUGGGAUUAGCCGAGAGGCUAGCUAGGGUUUGAGGACCCUAGCUCAUAUAUAUACGUAUGUAACCUGUAUGCUGGAGUCAAGCUGAAUAAAAGAAUCGUAUAGCUUCAGCCGUGGAAUAGUCUCGUUCACAUUGAACGGGGAAACCACGUAAAUCUGUGUGUUCAUUAUCUUUUCUGUUUGAUAUUUCGUAUUGCCUAACAGAGUUGGACUUAGUAAUUAGGGAUUAUUAUUAGUUAAUCGUUAGGUUAUUCAUGUUAUUCUUAUUAGUUUAUUAUGUCUUGUUGAGUAAGUUAUUGUUUACUUGUUAGGUUAGGAUUAGUUUACCUUGUUUGAGAGGGAAAGGGCUUGUAAGAGAGUCCUAUAAAUAUGUUUGUUAUUCUAUGGGUUUGAUACGUCAAUGAAUAAUAAACCAGUUUAGUAGCAAUCGUAGUAGUUUUAGGAGUAGAAGUAAAGUAGAUUAUCGUUCUCUCGACGCAUUAAAAACUAUAAUGCACCAUAAACCUAAUCCAAUCUGGCAAAGGAAACAGUUGAUAUCGUUUGAUUCAAGUCACAUCAACACUUUAAUAUUAUUCAGGACAUCUAAAACCUUUAGUUUGGUAGGUCAAUGGUCCCUUGCCAUCUUUUCUUUCUUAAUUCCAAUUUAUUAAACGCUAGCAAUGAAUACCAGCCAACUGAUCAAAGUGCCUAAUAUUGAAUCCAAGUACAGACAUUCCAAUUGGCAACUUGCUAAGAACUAAGAAUCGACCUUGACGAUCACCUAGCUAGCUAGGUAGCUACGCAUUUCUAUCCCUGAUAUGUAUGAUACGCUAAGGGUAAAGUUAAAGUAGAGGAAUGUUCAGAAAGAAAGAUGAUUGAUGACGUUCAAUGUUAUUAUUUGUAGUUAGUUAAAUCUCAAACUAUACUUCAAAUCACAUGUUUAAAUUAAACAUCUGGCAACAAUUUAUAUUAUCGAUGCUCGAAAUUUCUUGACAUAGUAUGUUAUUUUAUAGUCAAGAUGUUAUAUGUCCGGAUCCUAAUACCUUGACAAUACAUCAGAUUUAGACAUAAUUUAUUAUGAUGCACCUAUUCUUUAGGGUUCACUAAAAAAAAUAUUCACCAAGUGAUAAAAUUUACAAGGAAAAUCAUGCAAUUUGCUUUCAAAACCAAACUAAUUGAAGUAUUGAAAGCCGCAAUUCGAAUAGGGGGACAUAAGUGAAAAACAGGAGAGCAAAAUAUGAAACGUGGAUGGAAUGAGUGAGUUACUACAAUGGGAUCCACUAGUUUUUGUCCGGAGAAUUUAUUAAUCAUUUGAUAUCCACGUAUUCUUAGAUUUCUGUCCUUUUCCAUUUAUUUUUCAUAUCUGCAACAAAAUAACGCUAAUGUAUUUCACUUUUUUGUAGCUAAUCUUUGCCAUUAACUGCAAGUCGCAAGAAGAGAAUCCUAUUUUUUUAUCGGUUAGCAUGCUAAAUCUUGUAAGGAUUUGGAAAAAUGACACCUCUAUUAAUUAUAGUUAUUUUUGUAUUAAAUUUAUAUUACAUUUAAUAAUCUUUAGCAAUUAAAAACUCAUAUUAAUUACAUUUCUUUUUUUAACUACCAUUGCACCUAUAUACUGAACUCAUAUUAUUUACGUUUAUUUUCGAACUACUAUUGUACUGAUACAUCUACCAUUGCACAUGUACACUAAUACCAUUGCACUGAUACAACUACUUGUGCACUGAAAAAAGAAAAGUAAUUAAUAUGUAUUUUUAAUUCAUACAGAUUAUUAAAUGCAAGAGAAAUUAAUUAUCUUAAAAAUCUAUAAUUAAUAGGGCAUGUCAUUUUUCCAACCCUUUUAGGGGUAGGCAUGCUAUCUCAUCAUUUUUUUUUUGUGCUAAUGAUAGGUAUUAGUUGUUAAGUACGUUGUAGUAUUCGUCUAUUUUUCCCUAAUAAAUCUGUUUAAGGGAAAGGACAAAAGUCCUACGAACGUUCACACUUCGCAGUUUGUAAUUAACUAAACUUCUGCGACAUGCGAGCUAGCUAACAAGACCAGACUACCAGUAGCUGGAUCGAUGAAGUUAAUAAACAGCUUAUUAAUCAAGUUGUAAAGUGCAGUCGCGACUCGCGCGUACUAAUUAGUGGGUGAUGGUCAGUGGGGAGGUGCAUGCUCGUAGCUAGCUAGCUAUGGGAAUAUUGUAUAAAUCGAAUCCUAACUUUCAGUUCAGGGUCACCUUGGUACGAUAUUGUUCGAUUUGUAACAAAUCCGCAUGGAUUUACUAUUGGAUUCUUUUCUCAUAAUGUCUCGUACUAAUUGGAGUAGGUGGACACUUAUAUACAAUGAUCAAUUCCCUUAUAUUUUUGAUGUGGUAAUUAGAUUGUAGUAUAACAAUCUUCACCUCAAAAUAAGGACCACAACUUGAUGACAUCCCCACAACGGUUAACUUGAUCUGUCAAACAACUUGUGUCGAAAGGCUUUUCGGUACAAGGAUUUACUAAAUGCAGAUCCCCCCUUGAUCCAACAGGCAAACGCAAAUCUCACCUGGAUCCGCCAAACAAAUGCGAAUCUCCUUUGAUCCGCCAGACAAAUGCAUAUAUCAAUUCUCGAGGUCACCGAAUAAGAGUACUGAGUACACCAAACAGACAUCCAUUGUCCCGAAUCAAAUGCGAAUCUCCUUUGAUUCGACAGACAAAUACACAUCUCAAUUCCCGAGGUUACGAAUAAGGAUCCACCAAACUGACAUCCAUUGCCCGAAAUCGAAGCCAAACUAGGCUAUGAUACCACAUGUUGAAAUAAGAUGCUCUAUUAAUACGAUAUUAUCCCUUUUGAGUCACAUCCGAAAAAUUUACUUUUAGCCUCCUUCCCAAAAAGUUUCGUUACAGUGGAGUUUGAUUAACACUCUUAUACAAUGAUUUUUUUCUCUUGUAUUCCGAUGUGCUACUUAAUUGUACCAUAACAAUAUAUUGAAGGUGGUUUAUAUAUACAUGAACCAAAAAAAAUGGGUGCAUAUAUACUAUGCACCCCUCAUUAAUAGUUUUCUUUUACUUUUGAAUUUAAAUUUUGAUGAAUAACAUUAGUUGCAAGACGAUAGAACAUAAACUAUAACUAAUCCAAUGCCCUCAACCUUAACUAAUCCAAUGCCCUCAACCUUAACCGUAAGCCUUAAAAAUACAAGUAGUUUCUAAAUUAUUUUCGUGCAAAUCCAUAUACUUUUUUGUUCAUUGUAUUGCGAAUUAAAGAUUAAGAUAACA